AUGUCUCUGCCACGCGGAAUUUAUCACAUCGAGAAUGCUGGGGUUGGCAGUGCCAUUGAGCUCAAAGACGGCAGCUCCGUUGACGGCACACCUAUCGUUGGCUGGCAUUCUACACCAGACACGAUCAACUGGCAUCAGCUCUGGCUUGCUGAACCAAUCACCAACCUUGCUGAUACCUUUACCCUUUGUAAUCUGUUCAGCGGUACCUACAUGGAUCUCUACAACGGUUCUUCCGAAGCGGGGACCAUAAUCAAUGGUCGGCACGGAACUGCCUCUACGACCGAUACCCACCAGCUCUGGACCAUCAAGAAGACGAGCGACGGUAGGAGCUACAAGAUCCAGAAUUAUGGAAGCAAAACCUUCGUCGAUCUUGUCUAUGCCGACAGCUCUGAUGGGGCCAAAAUUGCUGGAUGGACCGGCACUUGGGAGCAAAGCAACCCUCACCAGAAUUGGUACUUCAAUAGGAUGAGCGUCUCCAGCGAGGAGGCCCAAGCGACUAUCGCGCGAAACCCUCACAUUCACGGGACAUACAGAGGAUACAUCCUCGAUGGAGAAUAUCUUGUCCUCCCUAACGCCACUUUCACUGAGAUUUGGAAUGACUCCGGUCUUCCUGCUCGCAACUGGCGUGACCAAAUCUAUGAUUGCGAUGACUUUGCUAUAGCCAUGAAGGCCGCCGUUGGGAAGUGGGGCGCCGACAACUGGAAAGCUAAUGGCUUCGCCAUCUUCUGUGGAGUUAUGCUUGGUGUCAACGAGGCUGGAGAUGCGGCCCAUGCUUACAACUUCACCAUCACCAAGGACCUUGCUGACAUUGUCUUCUUUGAGCCUCAGAACGGUGAAUACCCGAACAACAUUGGCUAUAAUAGUUACAUGGCCUUCUACUGA